CGCCGAGGCGGGGCCUGGUGUGGGGCCUGGUGGGGCGAUGUCCCGCUUACCGGGCUGUGAUUGUGGCUGUGUUUGUGGCUGUGAUUGUGGCUGUGCCGCCUUUGUUUGGCCUUCCCCGUUUGUUUUUCCUCACGGCUGAACCGCCCGAAUGUGGUUCUGUGAACGGUGCGCUGCGGCCUAAGGAUCGGUGCUGCGGCCGGGGCUGCCGGCCUCCUUCAACGCCUCCAAGAUGGCGGCGGGGCUGUUCCCGUGCCGCUCGCUGCUGUCCCGCCGUAUCGGGGCUGUGCGGGCGCUGCUCGGGGCCGCGCGGGGCCGGACCGAGGGGCCGCAGACGCACUUCGGCUUCCAGAACGUGUCCGAGGAGGAGCGGAGGGAGAAAAUUUACCAGGUCUUUGAAAACGUGGCCGAAAAAUACGAUGUAAUGAAUGACUCCAUGUCGCUGGGGAUCCAUCGGGUGUGGAAGGACGUCCUCAUGCACAAAAUGAAUCCUUCCCCAGGAACGCUCCUUGUGGAUGUUGCUGGUGGAACAGGUGACAUCGCCUUUCGAUUCCUUAAUUAUGUUCGUGCUGUACGAGAACGUCAGCUCCAGCAGAAGCUGAGGCAGCACCAGAAUUUGUCAUGGCAGGAAAUUUCAAAGAGUUACCAGGAAGAGAAAAGUAAUCCAUUGGGGGAUUCCCAGGUUGUGGUCUGUGAUAUUAACAGAGAAAUGUUAAAAGCUGGGAAGCAGAGAGCGCAGCAUCUUGGCUACUCUGAAGGUUUGUCCUGGGUGCUUGGGAAUGCUGAAGAGUUGCCCUUCGAUGAUGACAAGUUUGAUGUUUACACAAUUGCCUUUGGAAUAAGAAAUGUUACUCGUAUUGAUUUGGCACUUCAGGAGGCCUAUCGAGUUCUGAAGCCAGGAGGGCGAUUUCUCUGCCUUGAAUUUAGUCAUGUCAGCAACCCUAUCCUUUCCAGGCUCUAUGAUCUGUACAGUUUCCAGGUUGUCCCUGUUCUGGGUGAGGUUAUUGCUGGUGACUGGAAGUCUUACCAGUAUCUUGUGGAGAGCAUCCGGCGCUUCCCCCCCCAGGAGGAGCUGAAGGCGAUGAUAGAAGAUGUGGGGUUUCUAAAAGUGGAUUAUGAGAACUUAAACUCUGGCAUUGUCGCCAUUCACUCAGGUUUCAAACUGUGAGUCUCCUGUGUAGUGAAACACAGCAAGUAUGAUUUUUUUGAGGGAUCUGAAAGCUCUGGAAUUGUAACUAUCAAGAUAAAAGAUUAAAGUCUUAAGAACGCAUGCAGCAGAUCUUUGCUCAGCAGUCAGAUCCAAAGGACAUCACUUACUGUUUUCUCCUCAAGAGACUUGAGGGUGAAGUGAAUUCUGUGGCCAUUUUCUUAUCCUUGAAUUUCCCUUCCGAGUUCAUAAAGGACAAGGACAAAAUUGAGCAGUGCUAAUGAAUGGGCCGGCUUCAUCACAGCUGCUGUGGAUACAAACAGACUGUUUAGUCUACAAAUAAGAUUCCUCCUUUCUCUUGCUGAGGUUCAAGGAGGCUAUUGUAGCAGUGAGAAGUUACUUGGAUUUAUUAAAUCUGUAUUGAAAUCUGGUUGCCCUUCAGUCAUAUGGACUUUAAUGGACUUUUCUGUGUUCUUCUGACUUUUUUCAAACAGACGAAAAGCUUGUGAAAUAAAAGCUCUCAAUCAGCUACUUUCACUUAA